AUGCGGGCAGUGAGUAGUGAUUCGAUUCAUAAUUCUUCCAGAGGUAGCAAAAGAAAGCGUGCAUCGACUGAGGGUAGCAAGAAAGACGACGCGGAGCUUCGAACUAAGGUGUUGACCAAAGGAAACAAGAAGUUCAAGACGGCAUUGCAAGCUGCAACAGAAGCAACACCAUCUGGAAACACGGUAGAUUCCGACAAACUCCUUUGGAAGACCUUGCUCCACAAUGGCGUCGUCUUUCCUCCACGCUACCUUCCGCAUCGCGUGCCGAUGCAGUACGACGGCAAGCCUGUGCGACUCGGCCCGUGCGCGGAGGAGGUAGCCUCCAUGUACGCCAAGGUAGAUGAGAAGAAAAUUAGAGAUAUCAAAAUGUUUGAGAAAAAUAUCAUGGCCGGGUUGCGAAGGGCCAUGAGAAAGGAUCAAUCCCCCGAUGUCAACACUGUCAUAGACUUUGAAAAGUGUGACUUUUCAAAGAUUUUUAAAUACGUGCGACACUGCGGAAUCCGAUACGAGGAAGAUACCGAAGAUACGGUAUCUUUGCGAAAAAGGUGCCGUUUUGCUAUCGUUAACGGAGAGCAGGAAUUUGUUUCUGGAUUUGAAAUUCCUCAUCCACGCAUUUUUCUUGGGCUAGACGAGAAAAUUGGGAUGGUGAAAGACCGGGUCUUUCCAGAGGAUGUAACAAUUAACAUUGGUGAAGAAUCUCCAGUGCCUGAUUGCCCCAUUGAGGGACACAACUGGGGACGCGUGAUUCAUGAGCCCAAAGAGGCAUGGGUGGCCUUUUGGAUGGAUUCAGUUUACGGCGAUGAAGAAUAUGCCGAGAUUACCGGACAGAAAGUAAGGCCGUUGCGACAUUUGUUGGGUACUACUGUCCAGAGACUGUGA